CUAUGUUGGACUCUGCACCCUUAGGUGCUCGAGUCUUGCCUGUCAGCGGAGCCUCUGUCUUUGGCGCUGCCAUGGAAGGGUCCAGACCCCAAUCGCCCCGGGAAGAGCUGGAGCUCUCUAUGCUGGAGGAGCCGCAGGAAGAGCUCACACCUCUUAACAACGACCUCCAGAUCCAGCCUAGUUCCGCCGAGAACCCUAGAGCAGCCCAGGCGAGCAGGGAAAGCCCCUGGAGUCCCUGCAACAAGAGCGUGGUUGGAAGAUGUAAACUGUGGAUGGUCAUUGUCACCAUAUUCUUGUGUUUCACCAUAGUGAUUGUUAUAAGCCUAUGCCUCGUAGGAGUGACAUAUAUCGAUGAAGAUGAAAAUGAAAUACUCGAAUUAUCAUCAAACAAAACAUUCUUCAUCAUGCUCAAGAUUCCAGAGGAGUGUGCUAAUGAAGAGGAAUUGCAUCACUUGCUCACUGAAAGGCUCACGGACACGUACAGACAGUCCCCAGCUCUGAGUCGUUUUUUUACUUCUGCUGAUAUCUUGGAUUUCAGUGUUGAAAAUGCCACGGUAACCUAUCACUUGCAGUUUGGAGUUCCAUCUGAAGACGAUGACUUUAUGAAACACAUGAUGAGUGAAGAGUUGGUGCUUGGCAUCAUGCGACAGAGUUUCCACGAUAAGAACCUAUCUACCUGUGAGAGUCUCGGGCUUGACCCAGAAUCUCUCUUGCUCUAUGAAUGAAGAGAUGAGGGUUGGUCUGUUUCGGAAAGCAGUGCUCUGCUGAGUCUCAGACGGAAAACAAUUCAGAAGUGAAGCUAGCAGUGACCAGAGGAAGUCCUCUCACUGAUUCUACCCAGAUGUGAAGUCUGGGUCCAUCUCAGAUCGGCAGAUUGAGCGCUGUCCCAGCUGGGUUCAGGAGCUGGAGGUCUGGGGGUGAAUCUUAGAUCCCACAUGAGGUUCCCACUGCCUUUGAAGCACUGGCUACGUCUCCUAGCAGAAACGCUUUUCCUGUGUUGCAGAGAUAACUAUCUGGCUUUGUUUUAGGCAAGUUCUGUUAACCCCAGCUGAUGGGGUGAGUCCAAGCUGCAUCAGGGUAGCCAAGGGGAGGCGGGAGAAUGGACCAGUUGUUCACUGAAGCCCUCUCCCAACUCACAAUUACAUCUGAUGGACCCCUGAGCCAGGGCAAGAGGAAAAGAAAGGCAACUCCAAGACCUGAGGAGUGUAGCUCUUCACCUAACUCCACCGCCUGCCUAUAUCUGACAGCUGAGCUCAGUCAGGCAUAUCAUGGAGUAUUAUAUAUAGAAAAAUGAUUGAUGUGUCUUAAUUGUUUCUCAUCGUUGCAUUGUUCCUGAGAUGACUUUUUUUUUUUUUAAAAAAAAGAACAUAUGUCUCUGAGUUUUGGGCAGGGUGCUGUCUUUUAAGAUUGCCAGUCAUGUGGGUUAUUAUUAUUAUUAUUAUUAUUAUUAUUAUUGAAGUCAUCAAAGGAUCAUUAAGACUGCUUAAAUUUCUGCUACUGAUACCACACACUGGUUUUGUGUUACCUGGUAUCACCAGGAUUCCCGUAGGAAUCAAUUUCUUGAGAUGUUUGCAUGUCUUCCUGCAGAUGAUCGCUAAGCAGAAAAUUUCUGUCCUUUUGAAACUGUCCAAAACAGUAUGCAAGUCCCUUGGAGGGCCAGAAGGAAGCCAGUGACUGUAUCAGUCACCUAUGAAUAUAGAUUGCCUGUCAGAAGACAACAGAAUAUUUGUUUUGUUGGGGAAAUUGCCUCCCUGGAAAUUUUCUGAGAGAGUUCGUCUCAUUGUUGUAUAAUGAGAAAUUCCCGAGUCUGAUACCUCAGAUAGAGAGCCAUUGAUACAGGUCAUUACGGCAGGCAGCUGUGUAUGAAUAUGUGUCAAUGAUAGGGUUCUGAACAAUGUGAACUUGCUUUCUUAUUUAACUACUGUAUAUUGUGGUAAUAUAGUACAAUGAUUAUUGCUGCAUUGUAACUUAUUGUUUUCAAUUUUAGGAUAGUUCCUUAAAUUCCAGAAACAGGUGGAUUUUUCUUCUUCCUUAUUUUAUUUUAUUUUUUUUUACAUGUUAACUGUGAACUCUCCUGUGCCUUUACUUUUUUUUUUAAGUAACAAGGAAUUUUAAUACAUAACGAUCUUUAAACAUUUACAAUAAAUUAUUUUUGCAACUG